CGAACCAACAGGAAUGGCGCAGCCCAGCUCGAUGUCUCACUGCCGUUUCAUUCCAGCUUUGAAGCAAACUGGAUAUGUUCGAACGGGCGCCGGGCAGCCACUCUUACCGGAAUUGGUUGCUCCGUUGCACCAAAAAACCUAAAGCAACUUCAUCACUCCGAAAUUUUCUCCCGGCCUUCCCUUUUUCCCUCUCGUCGUUCUCUCCACACCAAAUCCAUUCCCAAAACCCUACUGGUUUUUUUCCAUCUCUUUCCCUAUUCUCCAACUUCUCGCCGUUGUUCAUCUUUGUUUUUUCUUCUAACUUCUUCUUAUCCUCCUCCCAACUCCUUUCCAUUUGUGGAUUUCGUCUUUUCUUCUUAUUGCUGAUUCAGGAAAAGAAGCGUUUCAGAUUUAAGCAAAUGGAUUCUUCUCUGUAGCUGAGGAUCGUAUCCUAAACGUUCUCGGCGAUUCUACGUGAGUCUCAUUGUUCAUCGCGAUCAUUAUCUUUCUGCGUGUUAUUUGUGUUCGGAAUCGUACUUUAAGAAGUUCGCGUGAUACUUAUAUCGCUUGCUCGGUAAUAACGAGGAUUUCUUUUUCUGUUUCGUUUUUUUGUAUUUGUUCAGUAUUUGAUCUUUUGUGUUAGGAGUAUGAAUGCUAGUUUUAGAAUCAUUUUCUCCCUAAACGAUUGUAGUAUUAGAAUGUUGUUGUUAAGAUCGUGUCUGGAAAUUUGUAGUUUUUGGUUAAAGAUAAGUCAGCUGGAGAUUGUUGAUGUUGUGAUUAAUUUAGCUUUGUUUCUGCUGAAUCUUCCGUUCAUUUCUCUGUUUAUGAAGCAUUCGGAUACGAAAUACUUGGUAGGAUUGUGCACAGAGUAAUAAGCAAUCCAAGGAGCAAUUAGAGAUGGCCCAUAAAGAAACCGAUGUUAUCCCUGAUCGCCACAACUCCAAUUCUUCAUCUACCUCGGAGUCACGAGACUCAGCUCUUCAACCAAAACCAGAUGUUUUCGAGUUUAUGGGAGCUGUGCAAACAGCGGAGAAUUUGUCUCUGGGUUCAUGUAGAAUCCAGAGUUCUUCUCAGAUUCGAUUAUCGGGGGUGCUUGAAAACCAUGAUCCAAACCGAAUACCUAUAUCGAUCUUCUCUGGUAAACCUUCAAAUCCUAUGGAAUGGAGCACUGCUUCGAAUGAAUCAUUGUUCAGUAUUCAUGUGGGAAACAGCAGCUUUUCAAGGGAGAACUUCAAUUUUUUUACCAAGUCUGGAGAAUUGAUGUUGAACCCCAAUUCAUCCCUGAAUCUACCCAGCCUGCCCCCUCUUGUUGAACCACCAAGAGUUGAGAGUAAAACAGGAAUCACAGUGAAUGUCUCGGCUGAACCAGUGACAUCAACUGGACCUCAAAUUCCAGCCAUAUCAGUUCAUCAAAAAGAACCCACCACGACACCUACAGAUGAGCUUCGAGGUCGCCAGAGUGUGUCAAACGACAGCAUGAAUAGCUCUCAUUCGUUUCAGUUCCCACUAUUGGCAAGUGAAGGUGCAACGCCAAAAACAACCAGCUCCGUCUCAACAGACUCAGGUGCAACACCACAACAACAGCUAGUGACGAAGCUGCAAACAAAUAGGCAGCAGUCAAUGAAGCAGGAAUCGCCAGAGCAUGAAUCUCCAUCUUCAUCUCAUGAAUUCACGGCACCGCCUCCGGCCACAAACUCGGGUUCGGGCUGGUUUUCCUGCUUCUCGUGGUGUCGAUGCCGGUGACGGGAUCUCUGCUUGAUGAAUGUACUACUUGUUUUACGCUCCUAGCUAAUUAGUUCUUUCAAAUUGAAAGGAAGAAACACAAACAACAUGAGCUACAGUUGAUUACUGUAAUCCUUAAUGAGUUACAUCAGAAGGAUUAACAGUUGAUUAUUUUUUUCUCAUUAAAUCAUACAA